CUCGUUUUUUCGACUUUUUUGUAUUUGGGUGCUGUCAUCAACUUUUGGGUGGACUUGAUAACUGACUGUAUAUCUGACUAGUGAGGUUUAUAUACAUGACUGGAUUACAUAUACAUUGGAUGAGCAUGAGCAUGGACAAUGCUCAAUCCAUAACAGGUGCUAGGGUCGGAGGGAUAAGCCUCGCCCAGCCGGCGAAGCCAGCCAUCAUAUCGUCCUUAUACUUUUCCGAUAGGCAGUGUCGUGUCCGUACCCGUUUGGUUCUCCGUCUGUGGGCAGGGCACGUUUCGCAUUUUUUCCGAAAGAGGAGCUCUUUAUCUUAGAGCCCAAAGACGAGUUUGGAACAGUUUUCGAAGCGCCAUCUUCAGGCAUAAAAACAAAGCAUUCUGAAGCUCUCAAUAUGGAAUGAAAGUGCUAUGUUAGCACACACCCAAGGAAGGAGCCUAAGUAUGUCGCAUCAUGGCAGUAAAGAGUUGUUGUCUGCCUAAUUGGACCACCCAACCACAGCUGCCUCUUCAUGCCUUCGUCAAUUAAAUGCCACUUCCAUUCAUAUUCUAUGAGUGGCCUCCAUUUUCCCACCUUCUUAAUCCACCUCAAUCCCCUAUGCCUUAAUUAAGCCUGGUCCUUCUACUUGAUAAUGAAGGAUCUUGCAUUCCCUUGGCCAAUUCAACAACAUUCUCAUCUCAGGACCUGCAAUACACAUGAGGUCUGGCCCACGGUUCUUCCUGAUGAUGAGCCUCCAUGCUAAGAACCAUGUCACGUUCAUUCAACGCCUCUCGGUCCAGUGUCUCUUGUUGUCCGUGCUCGCCACCGGCGACGUUGGUUGUCCCGACAAAUGCGUUUGCAAGUGGAAGUCGGGCAAGGAGACCGUGGAGUGUGUGGAUUCCGGGCUAACAGCCAUUCCCCCGGGGAUUGCACCGGGUACCCAAGUCCUCGACCUGAACCACAACGAGAUACCAAUCAUCAAAAAUGGGCUGUUUUCCAAUCUGGGGAUCACCAAUCUUCAAAAGAUUUUUUGCUCCCACUGCAACCUCGUGGCCGUGGAAGAGAGAUCCUUCCUUCAUUUGACCAAUCUGGUGGAACUGGACCUCUCGGAGAAUCUUCUCCGCAAAGUUCCAAGUCGCUCUCUUGAGCUGACCAAGGCCCUUAUGAGACUGAGCCUGUCGGCCAAUCCAAUCAAGAUGAUCAAGGCCAAAGCAUUCGAGCAUCUCAAGUUCGUGACCAAUCUGGAUUUGUCGCACUGUUCCAUUGAAACCAUUGAAAUGAAUGGCUUUUUCGGAAUGGAGUCUCUGCUUGAGUUGCGCUUGGAGAGCAAUCACUUGAGCUACUUACCCGGAGUCAAUUUGUUUCCAAGAAGUGUACAUUUGAUCGAGCUCUACGGAAACCCAUUCCAAUGUGAUUGUCGCUUACUGGACUUCGCUCACUGGGUCCAGCAAUCGGGCACGCCUCGAACCGUCGAGCCUCAAUGCCUGCGCCCUCCUCGCCUGGCUAACCGGACCAUUACCAGCCUUGCUCUGGACUCAGAGCUGGCGUGCUUGCCGCAAGUGGAGGCGGAAAUCGCGGACGACGGGCGCGCGCGUGGAUCUGGAUGGGCCACUGCAACGAAAUCCUCAGUUGGUGUGACCAAGGCCGUGGAACCAGGUAGACGAAAUGUGUCUCUCCGAUGUUCCGUAUUUGCUGUGCCCGCCGCAAUAGUGACUUGGUGGAGGGCAAACAGGUUGGUGGCCAAUAGCUCGGUCUUUGAGCAUUUGUGGGAGGAACAGUUCUAUCACAUUGUGGAACAUCGCUCCAACUCGCAUCAGCUCACGUCCGAGUUCCUGAUCUUGGAGGUCAGGCCUGAAGACCACGGAUCGUUCUUCUGCUCGGCCCAGAAUCCAGCGGGCGUGGCCUCCGUCAACUUUACCAUCCACGUGAGAGGCGUGGAAUCCCAGCCUUCUUUGAGCGCUCCUGGUGAGAACAAAGCGGCUUUGGAGGAGAAGACGUCCAAGGCCAAAGAAAAAGAAGCCUCUGGGAGUGACAAGCAAGACCAAGAAGACGACAGCAUGAUAAAGGUGGAAUACAUUUUGGGCUUUGGAGCUGCCGUGGUCAUAGUUUUGACGAUAAUCAUCAUCUUGAUCCUCUACCUCAUUCUUCAAUGCCGAUCCCGACACAAACGAAGAAGAGCGGCUAGAGCAAUGGGGAUUCACUGUGAUAGCAAUUCCGGAUCGUUCAUGGAGCGAUCCACGGUAGAUUUUAUCGUACCCGGUGAGAUGGAACUGACGAAGGCCGUUCGAAGUGUGUCCAACUCCACGAUGAAGACCACGACCGCGGAAUCAAAAUCCUUGCUGGAGACGAGCAAUACCAAAUUGAGUGAUAACGGGCUUUCGUCAUCGGACGACGACUUUGGCAGUGGUGGAAAGACCAAUAUUAAGACCAAUCUCAUCCACAACCAACUGCAACCCAUGGCUGCUCAUCAUUUCUAUCCGUACCCUCGGGCCAUGAACCAGAACGGGAUGAUUCCGUUUGGUCAGCCCAUAAAUUGGAGGCACCCAUACACAGCAGUGCCAAAUGGGCUGAUGCCUGGGGUCCCUCAUCCACAUUGGCCUCAAUUGCGGCCGAUGAUGCCGCCAACCUACCGGAACCCACCACCACCGACAGGUGCGAAGAUGGGAUCACCCAAUGGCAAGCACGGGAUUAUGAUCGACGGUUCCACUGGGCUUCCAUUGUGCCCUUGUUGUGGGGAAUCAAAUUGGCACCAUUUUCACUUUCAUCCGGGCAUGGCUCAGGCUUAUCCAGGUUUCUAUCCUCCCCACCCGACCUCCAGUACACUCCCUGGACCAGAUCCAAGUGGUCGACCUAGUUCCAAUUUGAUUGCCAAAAACUUGAACAUGCUGCCCAAUGAGCCCUACCAACGGCCUGCUUCUGCCAUGUACUUCCAUCAGACGCAAUUCCCGGAUGUUUUGUCUGGGACUGGCUGGCGAGAUCAGCCGGUUCAAUCCGUCAUCCACCCUCAAGCCCAGGCUCAUCCAGGUGAUCAUUUCGCAGGUUUUCAUUCGUUCCCUUCAAAUUACGACCGAUUGCAGUCCUCCAGUUCAAUGGACGACCUCAAAAGCGGCGCAUUAAGUGAUGGUGAGGCAGAUCGAGUCAACAAGCGAUCCAAUCGACGGCAUCAACUAACUCGACGGUCUUCAACGCUGUCAAUGGCGGGCGAUCAGCGAUGGAGACUAGACUCCGCUGCACCUCAUUACGUUACCAUAUCUCGGGCCUCUCAGCAACACCUUAAUCAAAUUGGACAGAAGGCCUGGCGUGGGCCUGAAGACCACUUCAAGCCCAACCAAGUGUUUACUCCAGGCAAACUUGAAAAAGAUUCUAUUCGGCACUCUUCACAGCCCUUCUUGAGUAAUGGGAAGCUAGGUUCCAAUAUCCUCGACUUCGGAUCAUCUCCGACCAACGGUCCACCACCACCGUCAUCUUCAAUGGCCUCUGGUGUGAGUCUUAUAGUCAAUCGACAGUCCCUCACACACGGGCCAAAAUCGAGUUCUGUCAGGAAAUCGAGCCUUAGUGGUCCUCCACCUCAGGCAUCAAAGGCUCAACUCGAGCGAUUGAAUUACAAGACAUGUGCGGUAAUGCCCAAGUUCAAGGACCUCGUUCCACAGCCUCGCUACCAAAAACCGGUGUCAGAACAGGCAUCUCAUAUAGCCAACGAUGAGUAUCUGUUCCCAGAUUUGCCUCCACCGCCAGAUGCACUACUUGACGAUGAUUCGACAAAAGGUGUACAUUUUAAGGAUGCCAAUUUGGCGAGUUCGCGGUCCUCAAGCCUUGAUGAUCUUCAGCAAUGGGUAACAUCUGCUGCCGAUAUCACUGCUGCCGCCAAUAAGGCUGCAGCUAAAGCGGUCAAUGGGUUCAAUACUCUUCCUAGCAACAUGGCCUCCAACUACCAUCCAGCUUAUCUCAAUUACCCCAUGCAGUAUCCGUCUCAAGAUGCUCAUCUGGAUCAAAUACAGUUAGCCUUGAAUGGAGUUAGGCGCCAUCGGACCCCUGAGGCUAACCAUCAGCAUUCCAAUCACCUCCGCAAGGGUUCUGGAGCGGUGAAAGUUGAUCUUACAUUUGCAGAUAAAAGCAUACGAAGGCCAGAUAGCGCACCAGACUUGGCACAAGACGAGAUGGGCUCACAAUCCUCCCACGUGUCUCCUUUCCACCAACAAAGCCAACUUCAUCGCCGACCAGGUGGACUAAAGCAGAAGUCCUUGGGCCGAGCGUGCUCCAUUGACAGUCGAAAAGCCAAUGUCAAAAAGAUUGGCUGUUCUCCUGGGAAAGGCAAACAUGUCAUGUUUACCGGAGUUAGUGACGCUGACAGCCCUUCUGAGACUCACGACGAGGAGGAUCCGGUCGAAGUUGAAACAGAUGCAACAAAGGCGAGGUGCUUUGACAAGGAUGUUUGGGUAUUACGCCAAGACAACCCCGAACUAGCCAAGAAGAAACAGAAAAAGCAAGAGUUCGACUCGAUUCCAGUCUCCGGAAUUGUCGUGGCUCAACCUCAACCAUGCCCGAUUACUUCUCCAUCCCAGUUUACUAUGAAACCAAUGCCACUUCCACCCCUACCACAUGGGGCUCCGUUGGGGACGAUCACAGCACCCAUGAACUUGAAUGGAGCAGGAGUGAUGGUUGGUAUCUCAUCAGAUGAUAAACCUGAGAGACCUCCCAAACCGGCCCCACCCCCGAGAACCACUCCUCAACUUCCGCCACGAGCUCCAAAUCCCGCAUUGCAGAGGGCGGCUAAUCAACCCGGAGGCGGACAACAGAGCGUGAGUGAAAGUCCAGAUGAAGGUUAUCACGAGGACGGUGACCCUGGAAGUGAAGUGCUCUGACGGAGGCAGACUGCUCAGGAUUUGAGGCGAAGCAUAUCGUUAACCAAGUCACGAUUCUCCAAUGGUCCGGCUAAAUAAAAUAUUAAUCAUACCAUUCCAGGGAACCGACAUUGGACCAAACACACCGUCUCCAAGUGGCGCAUAUUUACUUGGUGUGUGGGGAUCUGGUCGAAUAAUGGGACCACUAUGUGGGAAUAGGCAAGACAAACAGGAAUCCGAAAUUACCAUACAAAGACAGUCUUGUCAGUGAAGGACCGACAAAAAUGAAAAUACCAAAGUUUCCUCUUCUGGUAUUCACAAACACUUCCUCCAUGUCCUCGUCACUUGGCCGGGACAGCGUGUCCCAAAACAAAAAUAAGCUAAAAGAACAAGAGGCCGAUCCCAUUAAUGAGAAGAGCGAUCCUCGGAGACAAGGGAGGUCUCAUUAUUCAAGAUGGUCUUUUACACACUUUCUCCCAUCCAUCUACGUACAUACCGUGCGAGGCAUCAGGAGCGAAGGAUGGAACUCGUAUGGGCCACCCUGAACCCUCGAUCUCCCACCAGAGCCCAGAAGAGUGAUAAUGAAUUAUCUGGCAUCUAACGGAUCGAAAAAAAACUGCUUUGAUUACUUACGUACACAUACACGACGCAGUCUCAAGGCGAAAGCAAUCAAAUCCUCAUACUCCUACUCCAUCCACUGCCAAAUUGGAAAGGGACCUUCGCCAGAGAACAAAGAGCUGCUCUCUACAAAGUUGUGGGCAUUCAUGCUUGUAUACAUACAUUCAUAUAUACAUUCCUGCACGACCUCUCCUCUCGCUUACAUGAGAGUGGAAAUGAGAGACGACGGAUCUCAAUUUAUUUACCAAUGGUUCCUCUGAAGAUUUACCUGAAGAGGUAGAAAAAGUUCUUUGAUCGGGUGCUUACUGCACCUUGAUCUCCAACUACAUCCCACCCGCCAAAAAUAUCGCAUUUUCUAGUCCUCUGACUUUCUUGAAAUAGACCUAUCAUCCAUCAAUAUUGAUCGUAUCCCGGACUUAUUCUCGUGGAAAUUCCAUCCU